UGGUGCGCGGUCAGGUGGAAGAGCAGGUGGCGUCAGAGCUGCUGAUGGCCCGUGGAGCUGGAGUUGGGGCUGGGCUGGACUGGGAGGCAGCUGCAGCCCAAACAUCAGGAGAGGAGCAGGGACUAGCGUGCAGGCUGCGCCGACGCCCCCUGUCUGGGAGGCUCAGUGGGACGCGCGCCCGGCGCUAGAGUGCAUCUCGGAACUGCAGGGCACCGGCCAUCUGAGCGUGAGCCCUGGGAUGUGAGCAGCCCCGGAAAGCGAAGCUGCGGUCCACCUGGCUCCAAGGACACUACUGCCCGGCCCCUCCCAGUCUGCCAGAAGAGGCUCAACAACCAUUGCCGGCACCACUGCACAGCCCCCGAAAGCUCCGCACUGUCUGUGCAUAAACCCACCAGGGCCACGCUCCUCAUCUCCCUGAAGGCACCAUGGCCCGGAGCAGGGCGCUGCUGCUCCUGCUGCUGUUGCCGCCACAGCUGCAGCUCGGACUGGUGCUCGCCGUGAGGGCGCCUGUGUUUGGUCGAAGUGGCACCCAUAGCCUGAGUCCUGAAGAGAACGAAUUUGUGGAGGAGGAGCCCGUGCUGGUCCUGAGCCCGGAGGAGCUGGGGCCUGGCCCGGCCACCAUUAACUGCCCCCGAGACUGUGCCUGCUCCCAGGAAGGGGUCGUGGACUGCGGCGGCAUCGACCUGCAUGAAUUCCCAGGGGACCUGCCUGAGCAUACCAACCACCUGUCCCUGCAGAACAACCAGCUAGAGAAGAUCUACCCUGGGGAGCUCUCCCGGCUGCAGCGGCUGGAGACUCUGAACCUUCAGAACAACCGCCUGACUUCCCGAGGGCUCCCGGAGGAGGCGUUUGAGCAUUUGACCAACCUCAAUUACCUGUACCUGGCCAAUAACAAGUUGACCUUGGCACCCCGAUUCCUGCCAAACACCCUGAUCAGUGUGGACUUCGCUGCCAACUAUCUCACCAAGAUCUAUGGGCUCACCUUUGGCCAGAAGCCAAACCUGAGGUCCGUGUACCUGCACAACAACAAACUGGCAGAUGCCGGGCUGCCGGACAACAUGUUCAACGGUUCCAGCAACGUUGAGAUCCUUAUUCUGUCCAGCAACUUCCUACGCCAUGUGCCCAAGCACCUGCCACCUGCCCUCUAUAAGCUGCACCUCAAGAACAAUAAGCUGGAGAAGAUCCCACCAGGUGCCUUCAGUGAGCUGAGCAACCUGCGGGAGCUGUACCUGCAGAACAACUACCUGACGGAUGAGGGCCUGGACAACGAGACCUUCUGGAAGCUCUCCAGUCUGGAGUACCUGGAUCUGUCCAGCAACAACCUGUCGCGGGUCCCAGCGGGGCUGCCACGCAGCCUGGUGCUGCUGCACCUGGAGAAGAACGCCAUACGGAGCGUGGACGCGGACGUGCUGACCCCCAUCCGCAGCCUUGAGUACCUGCUGCUGCACAGCAACCAGCUGCGAGCGAACGGCAUCCACCCGCGGGCCUUCCAGGGCCUCAAGCGGCUGCACACUGUGCACCUGUACAACAAUGCGCUGGAGCGCGUGCCCAGCAGUCUGCCCCGCCGCGUGCGCACCCUCAUGAUUCUGCACAACCAGAUCACCGGCAUCGGCCGUGAUGACUUUGCCACCACCUACUUCCUGGAGGAGCUGAACCUCAGCUACAACCGCAUCACCAGUCCGCAGAUGCACCGCGACGCCUUCCGCAAGCUGCGCCUGCUGCGCUCGCUGGAUUUGUCCGGCAACCGGCUACACACACUGCCGCCAGGACUUCCCCGCAACGUGCACGUGCUGAAGGUCAAGCGCAAUGAGCUGGCCGCUCUGGCACGCGGGGCGUUGGGUGGCAUGGCCCAGCUGCGUGAGCUCUACCUCACCGGGAACCGGCUGCGCAGCCGGGCCCUAGGCCCCAGUGCCUGGGCCGACCUCACCCAUCUGCAGCUGCUGGACAUCGCUGGGAACCAGCUGACGGAGAUCCCGGCAGGGCUUCCCGAGUCGCUCGAGCACCUGUACCUGCAGAACAACAAGAUCAGCACCGUGCCCGCCAACGCCUUUGACUCCACGCCCAACCUCAAGGGCAUCUUUCUCAGGUUUAACAAGCUGGCUGUGGGCUCUGUGGUGGAAAGUGCCUUCCGGAGGCUGAAGCACCUGCAGGUCUUGGACAUAGAAGGCAACUUUGAGUUUGGUGACGUUUCCAAGGACCGGGGCCAGUUGGAGAAGGAAGAGGAAGAGGAUGAGGAGGAUGAAGAGGAAGAGGAAGAGGAAAGGCGAUAGUGACCAGGUGAACCGGAUCUGACAUAGGAUGAUGGCCAUCUGGACCCUCUCUGCCGCACGGGUCCCUGCCCUGUGAGCACCGACUCUGCCGCACUCCAGACACAGCCAGCACCGAUCCCACCUACUCCCCAACACAAGCUUAACACAGUCUCUCAUCCCCACCCCUUCCUACAGUUCAUGCCACAGUAGACGCACACACACAGCACGACACACCCACAUACAGCCAGCUGCCCGUCGUCCUCUGCAGGGUCCCACUGUCCACUGCAUGCCCAGCACCACCAUCGCUGUGUCUGAACCGUGCAGACUCAGGGAAGGGUCUCACCCCCACCCUGGCAUCCACUUCCUACACACACACACACACACACACACACACGAGCCAUGUGCAAACAGCCCUCCUCGGCCUAUGCCGCCAACAGCUCUUGCCCCAGCCAGAAGUGGCCAGAACAGCUUGUUGUCUGCCUGGCUGUCUGUCCGUCCAUCGUCUGGAGAAGACACAGAGUAAUCUCUGAGCUCCGAGCGGAGAAUUCCCCUGCGGCCAGGUGCCUGCUGCCCUUCGGAACUCACAAAAGCUGGCUUUUGUUCCUUUUCCCUCCCUUUGGGGACAGGAACGUCCAGGACUGCUGCCCUGGCCCCCCAGAUGCCGGGGAGUCCCUCCCUGCCAUGCCCUGGCUGGCCACAGGCGUGUUUGGGGCGGGCAGGGCCCCAGGGGAAUUCUCUGGGGACUGCCGGGGCCAUGGUGGGACGGAGAUGGAGGAGGGGGGCUGGGGUGAAGGAGUGGGGAGGGCCCGGCCCCACCGCCAACCAGACACCAUUUUUAUUCUUCGGGCCUGCAGGGAGUUCUGGGUGCCUUUUUUUGUUGUUUUGUUUUUUUUUUUUAAGAAAAAAUGAUAAAAACCUCAAAGCUGAUUUUUGUUGUUAUAGAAAAACUAAUAUAAAAGCAUUAGCCCUGUCUGGCA